ACAAGACCUGAAACCCCGGCUGGGCGGGGGUAAGGAGUAGCUUGUUACUUCUGGCUCCCAGUGGGGUCUGCAGUGUGUCCUGUCCUACCUCCCGCAAGUGGGUUGGAGUCCUGGGCAAAGGGAAAAUCUACACUGUGGCCAGGGGUUCUGAGCCCCCUGCUGAUCCAGAAUGGAGCUGCGCCCCUACCAAUGGGAGGUGAUCAUGCCUGCCCUGGAGGGCAAGAAUGUCAUCAUAUGGCUGCCCACGGGCGCCGGCAAGACCCGGGCAGCCGCGUAUGUGGCCAAGAGGCAUUUAGAGACAGUGGAUGGAGCCAAGGUGGUGGUACUGGUCAACAGGGUGCACCUGGUGACCCAGCAUGGUGAGGAGUUCAGCCGGAUGCUGGGUGGACGCUGGACCAUGACAACCCUGAGUGGGGACAUGGGCCCACGGGCUGGUUUUGGCCAUGUAGUCCGGUCCCACCACCUGCUCAUCUGCACAGCUGAGCUGCUGCAGAUGGCGCUGACUAGUUCUGAUGUAGAGGAGCAUGUGGAACUCACAGCCUUCUCCCUGAUCGUGGUGGAUGAGUGUCACCACACACACAAGGAAACAGUCUACAAUGUCAUCCUGAACCGGUACCUAGAGCAUAAACUACAGAGGGCUCGGCCCUUACCCCAGAUUCUGGGACUUACAGCCUCUCCGGGCACUGGCGGGGCCUCCAAGCUCGAUGGGGCCAUUGACCACAUUCUGCAGCUCUGUGCCAACUUGGAUACAUGGCGCAUCAUGUCACCUGAGCAGUACUACCCUCAGCUACAGGAGCACAAUCCCAAGCCCUGCAAGCAGUAUGACCUCUGCCAGAGGCGCAGCCAGGACCCAUUUGGAGACUUGAUAAAGAAGCUCAUGAAACAAGUUCAUGACCGCCUGGGGAUGCCUGAGUUGGGCCAGGACUUUGGGACACAGAUGUAUGAGCAGCAGGUGGUAGAGCUGAGCAAGGAUGCGGCUGAGGCAGGACUUCAGGAGAGGCGGGUGUAUGCGCUACACCUUCGAAGGUACAAUGAUGCCCUGCUCAUCCAUGACACUGUCCGUGCCCUGGACGCUCUGACCAUGCUGCAGGACUUCUACAAUAGGGAGCGUGCCACUAAAACCCAGAUCCUGUAUGCUGAGCAUUGGCUGCUGGAACUGUUCAAUGGCCACAAGACCAUGCUGUCCAGCUUGGCAACUCAGGGCCCCAAGAACCCAAAACUGGAGAUGCUGGAACAGAUCUUACUGGAACAGUUUGGGAGUCCUGAUAAUCCCCGGGGCAUCAUCUUCACCCAGACACGUCAGAGUGCUCACUCCCUCCUGCUCUGGCUCCAGCAGCAGCCUGGCCUGCGGACAGUGGACAUCAGUGCUCAGCUGCUGAUUGGGUCUGGCAACAACAGCCAGAGCAUCCACAUGACCCAGAGGCAUCAGCAAGAAGUGAUCCAGAAAUUCCGGACAGGCUCCUUGAACCUCCUGGUGGCUACCAGCGUGGCAGAGGAGGGACUGGAUAUUGCUCAGUGCAAGGUAGUGGUGCGCUACGGGCUCCUGACCAACGAAAUCUCCAUGGUCCAGGCUCGGGCUGGUCAGAGUGUGUACUCAUUUGUGGCAACAGAGGGCAGUCGAGAGCUGCGGCGGGAGCUGACCAAUGAGGCGCUGGAGACAUUGAUGGAGAGGGCAGUAGCAGCUGUGCAGAGAAUGGACCAGGCUGAGUACCAGGCCAAGAUCCGGGACCUGCAGCAGGAAGCCCUGGUCAAGCGGGCAGUCCAGGCAGCAAAGCGGGAGAGUAAGCGGCAGCAGUUCUCCCCAGAGCAUGUGCAACUACUCUGCAUCAACUGCAUGGUGGCUGUGGGCCACGGGAGUGACAUGCGGAAGGUGGAGGGCACCCACCACGUCAACGUGAACCCCAGCUUCUCGAUCUACUAUACCGUCUCCCAGGAGCCCGUGGUCAUAGAUAGAGUCUUCAAGGACUGGAAGCCUGGGGGUACCAUUAGCUGCAGGAACUGUGGGGAGGCCUGGGGUCUGCAAAUGAUCUAUAAAUCAGUGAACCUGCCAGUUCUUAAAAUCCGUAGCAUGCUGCUACAGACCCCUAACGGACGGAUCCAGGCUAAAAAGUGGUCCCGGGUGCCAUUCCCUGUGGCUGACUUUAACAUGGUGGAGCACUGUACCCAGAACCUAUCAGAUCUCUCCCUGCAUUAACCACAUCAUCACUGCAGUACCUGGGUCGGACUGCAGAUGGCAGCCGCCAUCAUCUCCUGGACAGAGCCAGGAUCCAGGCCUCCUUUGCCUGACUCACCAUCCUGGAGGAACUCCGGACACCAGGGCUGGCUCUGUGGAUCCCACAAUGAGGAAGCAACAAGAGGAGUGGUCACAGUUCAGCCCCACACCCCUCGUUGUGCCCUACCCUGCACCUUGCUACAUACACAUGUGCAAACACAUAUUUUCAGGCACACUGGAUGGACUCAGAGAAACUGAGGCAGGAGAAUUGUUCUAUUGUACUUAGGAACCACAAUAUCCUUUGCCUGCCAAAGCCAUUCCUGGUUUGUGAGGCUUUGCAUAACAAUAAUUAAAAAUGGAAAAAAUAGGCUGGGAAGUAUAGCUCAGUGGUAGAGCGCUUGCCUUGCAUGCCUGAGGC